AGAACUGUUGGCCUCCUGACAAGCUGGCUGUUUGGUUAGUCUGAGUGAUAAGGAUGCUGCAGCAAAAAGUGGGUUACGUGACAGCACAGCUUUGCUGCUGAAGCUGGAAGACAAUAAUCUCAGCAAAUAGAGCACAGGCUGGCUGGGCCAGCAAGGACUUUGUGAAGGCUCAUUUAGACACUCGCAGGCCAAUGGGGUAUUCAAAGAACCAUGGGGGUGUUGAUGUCCAAGCGACAGACAGUAGAACAGGUACAGAAAGUGAGCCUGGCUGUGUCUGCCUUCAAGGAUGGGCUGCGGGACAGGCCUUCCCUCCGACGCACGGGUGAGCUACCAGGGUCUCGUCGUGGCACUGUAGAGGGCUCUGUACAGGAGGUGCUGGAAGAUAAAGAAGCAGAGGCAGGCACCCCAGUGGUCCAGGAAGAGAGCAGUGUCAACCGUGCAGCCUGGGAACGGCUACGAGAUGGACGUGGAGUGGAGCCUGAGGAGUUUGACAGGACCAGUCGAUUCACACCCCCUGCCUUCAUCCGCCCCACUCGGAAGCUGGAUGAUGACAAGCCUCCAGAUAUCUGCUUGGAGCCCAGAGAGCCUAUUGUCAACGAUGAGAUGUGUGAUAUCUGUGAGGUCUGGACAGCUGAGAGCCUCUUCCCGUGCCGGGUCUGCACCAGGGUUUUCCAUGAUGGCUGCCUGCGCCGUAUGGGCUACAUCCAAGGAGACAGUGCAGCAGAAGUGACUGAGAUGGCCCACACAGAAACAGGCUGGAGCUGCCACUACUGUGACAAUCUCAACUUGCUGCUUACUGAGGAAGAAAUGUAUAGCCUAACAGAGACCUUUCAGCAGUGUAAAGUCAUCCCUGAUUGCUCCCUGACGCUGGAGGACUUUCUUCGCUACCGCCACCAAGCAGCGAAGCGGGGGGACAGUGACAGGGCACUGAGUGACGAGCAAGAGGAGCAGGCAGCCCGCCAGUUUGCAGCCAUGGACCCUGAACAUCGAGGCCACAUAGAGUGGCCUGACUUCUUGUCCCAUGAAUCCCUACUACUCCUGCAGCAAUUGCGUCCCCAGAAUUCACUGUUGAGGCUUCUGACAGUCAAGGAGCGGGAACGAGCCCGAGCCACCUUCCUGGCACGGGGCAGCGGGAACACCAUCAGUGAGGCAGAGUGCCGCUGGGCCCAGCACUCUUGGUUCUGCAAACGCCUCAUAGAGGCUCCUUCUUGUGGUGUGAGUAUCAGCCACGUGGGUCCCCUAGCAGACAGCAGCCCCGCCAGCAGCAGUGGCAAAAGUCAGGAUAAGCCCCUACUACCUGCAGAGCACGAGUCCAGAUCUGUGGACUGGCCCACCUUCCUGCGAGAGAAUGCUGUCUACAUCUUGGCUGCUCGCCCUAAUAGUGCAGCCAUUCACCUGAAACCCCCAGGAUAGCAUGGCACAGAGAAGUUUCGGUUCAGGAGCACUGGCAUCUUCUCCCUUCUUCCCUUUUCCUCUUCCUUCCACCAAAUUCUGGCUCUGA